AUGGGUAAUACAUAGACUGAAAGACAAUACGCUUUCUUUAGGACCGACUUAGAAUCUAUUCCAGGACAUUCUGCUGAGUUAAUAUGUGCAUUUAACAAGGAUAACCCUGAUAGAGAAGUGCCUGAUGAUUAUUAGGGCAGCAAGACAGUUUGGGAGAUAUAUAAAAAGGGUAUUAGAAGAUUUCCAAACAACAGAUUUUUGGGGACUAGAAAUUCUUUGAUUGAAGGAAGGCCUUAUGAGUGGAAAACUUUCAGGGAAGUCUACAAUUGUAUGGAACAAGCUGCUAGAGGAAUAGAUUUCCUUGAUCUUUCACCUGAAUUGACCUACGAGGGCAAAAGCUGGAGAUUUUUAGGCAUCCAUUCAAGAAAUAGAGAAGAAUGGGCUGUAAUGGACUUAGCAUGCUUGAGAUCAGGAAUUACAAUUGUUCCCUUCUUUGAUAGCCUUGGUAAAGAUGCUCUGGCAUUCGUAGUAAAUCAAACAGAGCUAUAGACUAUGUGUAUAGAAUCUAAAAAUUUUGAAAACUUAAUAAAGUUGCAUCAAGAAGGCAAAACUCCAUCAUUGAAGAACAUUGUCAUCUUUGAGGGUGUUUCAAUUGCCUAGAGAUAAAUAGCUUAAUCUUUAGGAAUCAAAAUACUAUCCUAUUAAGAUGUCAUUUAAACUGGUGAUAUUCACAAAGAAAUCGUUUUAGUAGAUCCAACACCAGAGACUAUUUAUAUGUUUUGCUACACAUCAGGCACUACUGGUGAUGCCAAGGCAGCCAUGAUUUCCCACAAAAAUAUAAUUUCUUUUAUGAAUCAUAUGGAAUUUCAAUAAUAAAAUCACUUAAGUUUUGAAGAGACUGAUAUUCUUCUCUCAUAUCUGCCAUUAGCUCACAUAUUUGAGCAAGGUUCUUUAUUGAUCUCACUAGACAAAGGGUAUGCUCAUGGGUAUUACUCAGGUGAUCCUUUAAAACUAUUUGAAGAUAUUGCAGUUCUAAAGCCCACUUACUUUUUCUCAGUUCCAAGAGUUUUUACACGAAUUUAUUAAAGAGUCUUGGAUGGAGUGAACUAAAAGGGAGGAAUGUCUAAAUGGUUGUUUGAAAAAGCUGUCAGAGAUAAGAUCAAUACCUAUCUAAAGACUGGCAAUUUGAGUCAUAAAUUCUACGAUAAGGUUGUAUUCAAAAAGGUAAGAGACAUAUUUGGAGGAAAUGUCAGAUAGAUGCUCUGUGGUUCAGCUUGUCUAGAUCCUCAAGUCAUGUUAUUCUUUAAAGUUGCGAUGGGUUUACCAAUUUUUGAGGGAUACUCACAGACUGAGACAGUGUUAUGUGGAACUAUGACCACUCCAGAUAAUCUUACACCUGGAAAUGUUGGCUCUUAGGGUAUAUGCAAUAAGUUUAGAUUAAAAGAUGUCCCUGAAAUGCACUAUUAUCAUACAGACAAACCUCCAAGAGGAGAAUUGUAAACUAAAGGAAAGGGUAAUAUUAUUGGAUAUUAUAAAAAUGAAGAAAAGACAAAAGAAUUACUAACUGAAGAUGGAUGGUUGAACACUGGGGAUGUAGUUGCGAUUCUAGAAAACGGAAAUGUUCAAAUAAUAGACAGAGCUAAAAAUAUCUUUAAACUUUCACAAGGUGAAUAUAUUGCUCCAGAAAAACUUUAAAACAUCUAUGCACAGUCUGUAUUAGUUCAAUAAAUUUAUGUUCAUGGUGAAUCAAGUAGAGAAUACUUAGUUGCCUUAGUUGUACCUGAUCUAGAUGCAAUCAAGAAAAUUGCUUAGGCUUAAAGUUUAACAUACUAAAGCAUAGAAGAUUUACUCACUAGUGAAGUAGUAAAAAAAGCUGUAAUUGAUGAGUUUAAUAGAAUGGCUAGCAACUUUAGUCUUACAAGCUUAGAAAAGAUUAAAAAGGUUCACUUAACUACGACUGUAUUCAGUACAGAAAAUGAUUUAGCAACACCAACAAUGAAGGUAAAGAGAUUUAAUGUGAGAAAAUAUUUUGAAAAAGAGCUAGAAGAAUUGUAUAAAGAUUGA